AGUUUCAACCACCUAGCAGGUUUCGCGGGCUACCGAGCAGGCUAGCUGACGCCAGUGUUAGCUAACAGUUGCUACGCUAACGUUAACGUCAGUUAACUCGGCAGAGUUAGCUAGCAGCGGCGUUGUGACAGACUAGGUCGUGCUAUUAGUUUGUGGGCAACGCAGGCAGUUUAGCGCCUCGCGUCUGGGGUCAUUUCAACGCAUUUAAGUCCGCAAUAGCACUCGGCUAGUUAGCUUGGAGGCGCUUGCAUGUAACGGUACAGUGUGCUGCAGUGUUUGUGGAUGUACGCGUUUCCCCACGAUCUGUAGUAAGGUGUAACUUGGUACUGCCCAGGCUUAGCAGUGUUUGUGUUGCCAUCGUCAAUGUCCAGUCUGGUCCUGUGCAGAUACUCCACCCAGACAUCCCGUGUGAGAAAACCCCGUUCGAGAAGGAAAGGAAACACCCACUUGACACUUGCUAUUUUUCUUCCUUCAUUUUUUCCCCCAGAGCAAAACAAGUUGAUUGAGCUGACUUGAGUCUUUUUCCCCCCUUAUUUUUUGGGCAACUUUAAUUGUUGUUUGUGGACAGCUAUUCAUCACAUGACAAGACGACCUUUUGGCUUGUGGAGGAUUUUCAUGUAGCCUCUGAGCUUGCAUAUCUAUGAAAUCAAAGCUACACCCUUCACCUGCUUCAAUCCAAAAAUUGCGCAAAAUUAAAUGGUCAUCUUACAAAUGUGAUACAUAUAAAGACAAAAACGGCAUUAUAAUGCGUCGUUCAGCGGCACCUCUAUUUCACUAACCAAAACUGAAAAUGACGGCAAUGUAACAUAGGGUUUUGCUUCCUUCAUUGUCAUGUGACUUUGAAACCUUUUGGAGCAUUAUUUUCUUCAAACUCAGACAGUCUUUUCACCAUUUUAAUGAGGUGAGCAGUGGUUUUCAGUGACGCCCAUUGCUAUUAAGACUGUAUCUGAACCCUUUUUUCUUUUCUGCAUGCGUUUAGUAGAUCUUAAAAUGAUUAGGUAAAAGGCGAGUCGACACAACAACAUACUGGCACACAGUGUGGCAGGACAGCGCCCAUCUCUUUCCCCCCAUCUGGUGUCCGAGUCGAACUGCUACACUAACUGCUGUCCCUGUUUCAGGGCACACGACUUCCACAGACUGAUUUCUUAGCAUAAUACAGCCCAGACUUUCCCCCACCAUUGGGACAAAUCAAAUAAAUUCAUUUUUCCAAUCAGGUUCUGAGUUUUCCUCCUGAUAAUAAGAGCAAAUGGUUCACAUGAAUUGGUGAAGACUUCAGUCCGUCUGGGGAAAGGACGUUACCUGGACUGGAAACGGUAACAGUACCAGAAUUCAUUAGAGACUCGACCGGCACAGUAGCUGCCCGCAAAUCUCAUCCGAGAAGGAACAUCGGUCCCUCGUAGACCUCUGCACUUCCGCUCUCAAAUCCACCUCCUGCUUGGCCAUUUCUCUGGAUCACCAUUCCAGAUCAUUCCUGCAAACCCUUUCGACCCAUUUCCCGGUGUUUCACCCUGGACGAAGGGAUCUGCCUCUGGGGAAAGGGGCUGUGCUGUCCUGGCGGAGAGGGGAUCGUUGGUGUGCUGCUCCCCAUUUGUCAGUGCACACGCGCUGUGAUCAGUGCCAACAGGCCUGAGGAACCGAGACCAGUCGGACUGAGAGAGGAGGCAGAGGACUUCAGAGCCACAGACUCUGGGAUCCUUGCCAUGAGGUUUGAUGCCUCGAUCCACUGACCGGAAACACUGGACCUAAAUGGCGCAGCAUGACUUUGUCCCUGCCUGGCUUAACUUCUCCACACCCCAGCCUGCCAAGUCCCCUGCUGUCAACCUUGACAAACAAGGUGAGCCCCACCACCACAGAGACGGCAGAGCCGCUCCGAGCCGCCGCCGCCACAACUCUUCUGAUGGUUUCUUCAACAACGGCUCCCUGCGUGCUCCAGCAGGCGACGGAUGGCAGCAGCCCUCUCUGCUUCUGAGGCAUGACUCAGUGGACUCGGGGGUGGCCAAAGGGGGACAUGGUGGGCUGGCGGGUGGAUCGUGUUGGAAGGAAACACCCAGCUGGCAUGGAGCCCCACGGGGAGCCCAGGACGGCCACCACCACCAGGGACGCCACCCCAAGCGGGGAGCAGGCGACAGGGACAGGCAGGGGGGGCACCGGCAGCGCAAUGGUAACUUCCAUCCCCGCAAGGGCACCUCGUACUCGGACAAGUUUCCCAACGAGGAACGCAAAGACGGCAAGGACGACAAGUUGAAGUUUGUGGAAGAGGACUUUCCUUCCCUCAACCCUGAAACAACUGGAAAGCCUGGGACUCAGGUGCGAGCAGUGGCUCCCCACGCUGGAGUGUGGGAAAACCCCCCUAGUGGCAAACAGAUGGUGUCCAAAAUGCUGGUUAUCAAGAAGGUUUCCAGGGAGGACCCCGGCACGGCCUUCUCUGCGGGCUUCGCCACAGCCGGUGCCCUGCCCACCAACGGCAACAAAGCUCCCAUCGUGGGCUCCAGUGUCUACAAGAACCUGGUCCCCAAACCCGCUGUGGCCCCCAGCAAAAGCACCCAGUGGAAAUCCGGUGGCAGAGAGAUCACUAAGUCCGGCCUCCACAUGCCGGGCCGAGAUUCCGUCUUCACCAGCCCCGUCUCUGCAGCCAAACCCAGCACCCCAGUCAGUGCACCGCAGCACAACACCCCAAAAGAGCACCCCUCCAGCACGACUCCUCCCAUAGACAUCGUCCCGUCGAGGCUGAAGCUGAUGCGCCGCGGUCCGGACCGAAAGAGCGAGUUCCUGCGGGCCCUGAAGGACGAGGGCACCGGGGAGCUGACGACCAGCAGCAGCCCCGGAACAUCAGGGGAGGGCGAAAGCAACACGCCGGAGCCCAAAGCCUACAGCGAAGAAGUCUGCCACGAGAACGGAAUGUCAUACUCCCUCAGUGACUCCGACACCGAACACCUGUCUAGCUCCCUGGAGGCAGAGCACAGGUUGCUGAAGGCCAUGGGCUGGCAGGAGUACCCAGAGAACGAUGACAACUUCCUGCCUCUGACAGAGGACGAGCUCAGAGAGUUCCAGACUAAAACUGAACAGCUGAAGAGGAACGGCGUGCAAAGGAACGGCAUUCUCCCGAGGGCGCGGGGCGUGACCCUCCACUUCACCCCCUGGAGGAGUGUGGCGGAGGCGCACGUCGAGGAGGGCUCCGAGUCGGAAACCAGUAGCAGCAGCCAGACCUCUGACGACGACGACUGCAUCAGAUCCUAACGUGGCUUUAUGGAACAAACAACAACAACAACACAACGGCAGCCAAAACCAACCACAUCCCAGCAAGCAAUCCCCCCUCUUCCUCUCUCAUCUUUGUUUUUAGAGCACCAUUUUGAAAUUUCUUUUGUUUUGAUUAUUUUUUUGUUUUUUUUGUUGUUGUUCUUGCACAAGGGAAAAACCAAUCAUAUCCCAGUGAAGGGGGAGAUUCCUGCUCCGCCAGACGUUGUUUUCCCUGCGUUUCCUCCUUCACUGCAGCUCCUGCCCUCCUUUGACCCCCCCCACCACCCCCACUCCUCACCCCCUUUUUCCUCCUCGCUUUGUGGAACUGAAGUGUUCAUCGAGAAAAAGAAGGGCAAUGAAUGCACACUUGAUUCUGCUUCAAACAGACUAACUCAUUUCAUUGAUGAUGCUGAUGACACAUUAUUAAUGAUAUUAAUAAAAAUUGGUUCCUGACAAGCUGAUAUGUUUCAAUAUGA